AUGAAACGGGAACACGUGCUGAAUUGCAACUUUUCUGUUUGGUAUCCAAAAUUCAAAAACAUUACUAUUAGAAGCCGGGUGAUUCCUCUCUCGAAGGAGUUUGUGGAUUAUCUUAAAGCUGACAAUGUUGUUCUGCCCGGUGAACCAGUUGCCACCAGAAAUUCAGGCGAUGAAAUCGAGAGUGAUUCUGACGAAUGGCAAGCUUUGGACGAAGACCCCAGCGAACAAACGAUAAUUGCUCCCGAGUUCAAUGAAAUUGACACUGGAAUCAAAGAAGCUAUACUCGAUUUAAAUGGAAGUGCUUUCCCUAAAUUGAAUUGGAGAGCCCCACUGGACGCCUCUUGGAUCUCUUUUGACGGUUCACUCAAAUGUGAUUCCCCUAAUGACAUUUAUCUUCUGCUAAAGAGCUCUGACAACAUUUCUCAGGUAUUGUUUGAGACUUUCAAACACUGUGAAGAUGAAGAAGGGGAACUACAGGAUGGUUUUGAACUUGUACUUCGCAAAUGGAAAGAUAUAAAUCCAGGAAUGGAAUUUCGAUGUUUUGUGAAAAAUCACAAACUCAUUGCAAUCUCUCAGCGGGAUAUUGCUAGCUGCUAUGAGUUUCUUGCACAAAACGAAGAAGACAUUUGUAACGACAUCGCGAAGUUUUUCAACAAGAAAAUAGCUUACAAAUUUCCAGACAGUUCAUACACAUUUGAUGUUUACAGGUAUGCUUCUCAGAAGGUGUUACUGAUCGACUUCAACCCAUUUGGUGCUCAGACAGCCCCCUUGUUAUUUACAUGGGAAGAGCUCACAAACCUUCAUUUGACAAUCAGUGAUAAUGAUGAUGAGUUUAAAGGUGUGUUUAAGUAUGUGACAGGUUCAGCUGGGGUGCAGCCUAAUCCAGCACACCUUAGCAGAAUGCCAACUGACAUUGUGGACUUAGCAUGUGGUAAUGACAUCAACAAGUUAGUUGAUCUGUUGAAGGUGAAAGAUCUGAUUGGUCAACCUGGUGAAGAGUCUGAUGCAGAAUGA